AAUUAUCACUUCUUAACCCUUACUGUUCUGUGGUUUGAACGCUUCCCUGGUCACGUGACAUGUCAAAUUUGACUAUGGUGUUUUGAAUAGUUUUAAUUUUUGUGAAAAUUCGGUAAAAUCGGGCGCAAUUAUGCCCUUCAGUGACAAAGGUAACAACGAAGACGUGGAGGCCCUCGUGGACACUCUCACCAUCGAUGGGGCCACUCUGACCGAGACAAACCUCACGAGUUUGUCUUCCACAGACAUCCAGCAACUGGCGGAACUGUCCCAAGAGCUGCACCUUUCAAACGACAUGGAGACCGACGAACCAGAGGUGAUAAUCGAGACAGUUGAGGAGACCGGUCAAGUGGACGCUGACGUCAUGCAGUCCGAAAUAGGGGCCCAAGAGAUUGAGAUUGAAACCGAACGCGCCCCCUCCCCCGAGGAGAUCCUCCCGGACGUCAAAAUCAAAACCUCCACAAUCCCCCCAUUGCGCCCCCUGACCAUAGCCCCCAAACCCGCCAAGGCGGUCCCCAUCGCCAUGAAGCCGGCCCCCGGCCAACAACUCCUCCUCCUCCAGGGGACUGGCGGCAACCAAGCCAUCAAACUGGUCUCAUCCGGGGGCCAAGAGCUGAACCUCGCCAACGUGUCUUUGGGGCGCCCCGUGGCCAUCAAGCCCGCCGUCAAAACAGUCACCACCACCUUAGUCCAGCCCAAGCAAGUCGUCAUGAAGAAAAUCGUCACCUCCACGCAGAAAACGCCCCCGAAGACCACCCCCACGUUCACCAACAAGCAGGGGCAUAUUAUGGUGGUGCAGAAAGCCGACCAAGUCAAGCUAAUGCCGGGGCAAACCACGCUUCCGAGCCCCGCCAAGACUAUAACCCUUCAGCAAGCGCAGGAGAUGGGGCUCAUUACCACCACCAAGGUGCUCCCGCAGGCCACUUCCACACCGAAGCGUACUAUGGUUUUGAAUAAUCCUGGCACCAAGGCGAUUAAAAUUGUGCCCCAAGUGGCGCCAGGACAGUUGUUGGGGCAGAAAACGGUCGUGAGUCAGAUUAAGUCGCCCACGAAGAUACUUCCAGCUACGCAGGCGACUGGAGGGAAGGUGCCCCAAAGGAUUAUUUUCAAGAGUUCGGGGACGGGGCACACGAUUUUGUCUUCGCCGCAAAUUAUACAAGUGGCAGGGACGCAGGCGCUGAGCACGGGACAGUUGCAUCAGAUUAAUAUUCCAGGGAAAGGGAUGCAAUACAUUAAGUUUGUGACGGCCACCAAUGCCGAGACCACGCCCUUUUCCUCGGGAGCCUCCACCCUCACGACCGUAAAAUCGUCAAUGCAAGCGUCCCCAACCAACAUUGUCUUGUCGGAACUCAAACCGGCGUCCCAAGGCGCAACUAUCGCCCCCAAACCGUUGAAAAACAUUGCUGCAAAAGCCCCCGUCAGCAGCAGUCAAGUGGUGAUGUUGCCAACGUACGUCCAAGCCAAAGUGCCGAUCCCCAUGCGCCACACCUCCGCCACCAAACAAAUAUCCGCAGAGAGUAUCACAAUGACACCCGAGUCCAAUCUCGAGUCCAACGGCAUAAGACCCCGAAAACCGUGCAACUGUACCAAAAGCCAGUGUUUGAAAUUGUACUGCGAUUGUUUCGCAAACGGCGAAUUCUGCUACAUGUGCAACUGCAUGAACUGCUUCAACAACUUGGAAAAUGAGGAUCACAGACAGAGGGCGAUCAAGACAUGUCUCGAACGCAACCCUAAUGCUUUUAGGCCGAAGAUCGGCAAAGCGAAAGACGUGGCCGGGGACAGUUCGAUCAGGAAACACACAAAGGGGUGCAAUUGCAAGCGGUCGGGCUGUUUGAAGAAUUACUGCGAGUGUUACGAGGCCAAAAUCGCCUGUUCGAAUAACUGCAAAUGCAUGGGGUGCAGAAAUAUCGAGGAUUCGAUGGAGAAGAAGAGUCUGAGGGCCUCGAUUGAAGACGGGUUGCAUAAUUUGCAAGGGAAGAUGGCACAGACCAGGGAUCCGCUCCAGUUCAGGACAAGGAGGACGUCAAACAGCCGACAAGCGAUUAAUUUCAUAACGGAUGACGUUAUCGAAGCGACCUCGCAGUGCAUGUUGACCAUCUCCGAAAGUGGGGAUGCAAAUAUGCAAGAUGAGCAAGUGACGAAAAGCCAGAUUCUGGAAGAGUUCGGGAGGUGUCUCAAGGAGAUCAUCGAUUAUUCUAUGUUGCACAACUGAUGAAGUAGCGCUACGUGAAGUCAGACUUAAGUGUAGGUUACUAACUUUAUUUUUAUUUCCUAGGUUUAAGUUCAAAUAAACUUUAAUUACGGUUUUAAGGGCCGGUUUUUGCCCAAAACAACUACCCUAACGUCUAAAACCACUUAAAAAUAGAAAUAAUUUCAUUUUUUUAAAUUAUUUCCUUGAAACCCUUCGGUUUUUUUGCGGACCAAGUUUAAAAAAAUUGCUGAUUUUUCCUGUGUUUUAGCACGUACUUGCAAAAUUUCGUUAAAAAAGACUGAAAAAUCAAACUAGACCAAAAGUGGGCACACUGUUCAAGCGGCCGUGCAAAUGCACAAAUUUUAAACUCGGUGUUUAAGAAAAUAAUAAAUAAAAUCGUUUUACAAUUGGAUGUUAUUCUUAGGUUAAAUCAUCACCUCACAGACGUUUUAAAUUUUUGUAACCAACGGGUUAAACAGCUUAAUAAAUUUAUCGUUUUUAGGGAAAACCUAAUCAAAUAAAUCAUAAAUAAAAAUAAAUAAAUAAAUAAGACCCCUAAUAAAAUUUAUCAAAAAUUACGUACUAUUUUUUAAUAAAAUACUGAAACGACCAGUUUUUUCUUUAUUUAAUUUUUGGAAGUAUUAAAUUCUGAUAAUGUUAUUUAUCUGAAAAUUUGUGUACAGCUAUAAUCUGUUGUCCUGACCAAUGAAAAUUAUUUUAAAUAGAAAGAUAUGUUUUUUUACUGUGUUUCUGGGUAUCUUGAGUUAUUCCAAAAGGAUUUUAAUCGGCUGUCCCUAUACGUAAAUUUAACCGUUUUCAAAAUAUUUAGGGAUUUUUUGAAAAUCUCUGGUUUUGCAUCUUUCACUUCAAAAAUCGAUAAUUCUGUCAUUUUUAGUUUUAGAAAUCGUAUUUGGACAAUCAAAAAAAUCUUAUAUUUUUUCUUCAGUGUUUUCAAAAUUGGAAAAAAGUUUACAAACUUUAAAACCUGAACGUUGUUUUUGAACAAUUUCUACAAGCUAUAAGUCAAUUUUUUCAAAUAGAAUGCCCCAAUUAAAUAGCAUUCCCUAAAUUCAUUAAAUUUAGAUUUAAAAAACUUUGAUUUCUUAUAUUUUAUUCAGUUUCCGUGAAUUUUUCAGUGCCAACAAAAAGUUCGUAUAACUUGAAAUCUGUUAAACAUAAGUAUAGGAAAUGUUAAUACAGAUCGCUGCAGAAUUAAAUUCUCUACCAUUAAUUAGUGAAAUAAAAAUUGUGGCAUUUUAAUUGAAAAUUUUUAGUUAUGGUUGUUUGAAAUUCUGCAAACUUAAUCUUAAAAAUUUGGAAAGGAAAGGAAAUAAGGCAAAGAUCUAAACCUUCUUUUUCAAAUAAGCCAAAAAUUUUUUAAAACAGCAGAGUUAUCAAUUUUUGAAGUCAAAGAUGCAAAUCGAAAAAUUGUCAAAAAACCUUAAAUGCUGAAAACUGAUUGUUUUCAGAUGACUAUCAUUAUUAGAACUUCGAACCGCCAGUAUACAUUGGUGCUAAAGCCCUCAGAAAGUUACGAUUUUUUUUUCAUGCGAUUUGAAUUUGUUAUUUUUUUAUUUUUCAUUUAUUUUUUUUAACUCGGUUAACCUGUGAGGGAAUGAUUCAACUUAGGACCCACAUCCAAUUAUAAAUAAAUCAUUUUGUUUAUUACUUUUCAUAAAAAUUCAAUUUAAAAAUUUCCUUAAUCACGCUAAUUAGGAUUUUCAAAACGUGGGACUUUGGUGACUAGUGCGUGCUAUAAAUUAUUGAGUGCUUACUUACAAAAUGGAUUCGUUUUUCUUUGCAAGAAGAGUUAGAUUAGUUGCAUACUUUUUACACUUUAUUACAAAAGAAGAAAUUAUCACAAUCAAGCAUUAUUCUUGUGCACUUUAUUCAAGUGCCUAAUCAGAUACGAAUCCCUAACAAACCUCCUCUGACAAACCUCACACUGGAACCCCCUGCGAUUGCUAUGCCCUUUGACAUGUUGCACCAACUGGCUCUUGGUGCUAAACCCGGCGUUGCAUUCCGGACACGACAGCCCAUCGGACACGUGCGACCAUCGAUGCGCCACCAGAUAACUCCUCACGGCGAAUUUCUUCUCGCACACAUCGCACGCAUACGGCCUCAGCCCCGUAUGCACGCGUUUGUGUGUAUUUAGACUGGAUUUUUGGGUAAAUCUCUUGUCGCAUACGUCGCACUUGAAAGGCCUCUCGCCCGUGUGCGUGCGGAGGUGGACCUCCAGAUAGGGCUUGCGGCAGAAACACGCCUCGCAUUGCGUACACUGAAAGGGCUUAUUGCCCGAAUGGAGCUUCAUGUGGACGUAGUAACUGGACGUGGAGGAGAGGACUUUGCCGCAGAUUUUGCACGUCUGGGGCUUGCGCUUCUUGCGGGGCUCCUGCAAUGCGACAGUGAGGAUUGUGGCAGCAAGGGGGCUACCUACGUCGGCCGGGGGCGACGACGGCUUGUCGGGCUCCGAGCUGGAGCAGCCGUAGAAGCUGAUCGGCUCGAUCUUUAUCUCCGUCUCGAACACGCUGUGCGACAACUGCGACAGGGUGCCGAACAUGGCGGAGGCCUACGGCGAAAAUGAGGUUAUGGCCGCGUUUGUUGUUACUAGUGCCCAUUUGACGAAUUGUUUGUUUGAAUUGAAUAAAGCGUUACAACCAAUUCUGUGUCUUUGUGUAGUUUUUACGGAAAAUUGGAAUUUGAGGUUAUGUUCGUGGUGGUGCUAUUUCGGGCGUUUGUGGGUUUUUAUUUGUUUAUUGUUACGUAAAGGCGUACGUUUUAUUGACAAUUUCAUGCUUUUGGGGGGUUUGGGGUACCUUUAGGUUGAACUUUGGAUGAGCGCAAUUGGGGUAACCAUGACCUCGUCACAUGUUGGGGUCAGCGGUGUGUGAACUUGUACUAAUUUUGGGUGCAAACGUAUUCGAGAGAUAUUUUUUUGCAAAUCGUUAAAUUUGUGCUGACGUCAGAGGUGACUUAACCUCACUUAAGGGGUGAUUGACCACCCAAAGUUUGAAUGUUGGCGCAAGAAAUGAAAGUCAUGUUGGUUCCUAUGUUAUUGUAUUUCAACCAAUUCCAGAAAAUUAUUGCAAAAAUCAAUUGGUCAGUUACUUAAAACUUACGCCUAAACAAUAUCAAAACAAUUAAAAAAAGUUCUAUACUUACUGAACAAAAGCAAUAUCAACAAGUUAUUCGGAGUCAGAGCCAGCUGCUUCCCGAAACUAGAAAAACUCUGAUGAUGUGAAAAAUGAGAAACAGGUGGCUCGACUGAUUGGAGCUUGAAUAAAAAUUUACAUUGAUUUAAAAUUAAAUUAAAUUUUUAUUGAACAUAAUUGUAGCUUUUGCAUUUGAAUUUCGCCAACAAAAGUACAAAUAGAUGUAAAAUGUAAACACCACAUUGACGACCUGCGAGUCCACCUGGUGUAGGUAAGCUGUUGAUAUAACUGGUCCAAUACGAUAAUUAUAUAGCUUAGCGGCAGUGGAGGCCUCUGGACUUGGUGAAAACAGGCUAUGGCCCCCACGUCACGUGAUCGGUAUUAUUUAUCAAGCGCAGUGUUUGUUUUCACAGCAAUUACCACCUAAAAGCAUGGAAUAAGUCGUGAUUGUUUGCCGCGGUGGUGACUUGCCUCCUCGCCGCAAGAUUUGAGCACUGUACACAGAAUGUCCUUGCCGGCGUCGUACUCAGCGCGUAGUUGGGCCCCCACGUCCCCCUCUGGAACUUUGAGAUCCUCACGGAGGUCACCAUUGUCAGACAUGAGAGACAAAUAGCCAUCAUCAGAGAUAUCAGUCAACUGGUAGUCCUCGCGCUUAACGUGCGGGACAUCCAUAUUGUGUGUUGAGGGACAUAUAUCUUCGUAUUUUUUACCUG